AUGAAUUGCACCGGAUAUACAUUCGUUCCACAUCAUAUAUCUCCGUUCAAUUCAGUUCGCUUUUGGUGUUCUUGUAAGAAAGGAUGCGCGUACAAGAGAAAUAAAUGCAUAGAUAUCGAUGAAUGCGCUCUGGGAAUACACGCGUGCAGAGGACAUUCUCAUUGUGUCAACACUAUAGGAUCCUAUAGGUGUAAAUGUAAUACAGGAUUUGAACUGAGAGGCACAGAGUGUGUUGACAUUGAUGAAUGCAAAAGACGAACAGAUAAGUGUGACAAAAAACCAGGAUACGCCACUUGUACAAAUACAAUCGGAUCGUACACAUGUAAAUGCAACAUAGGAUUUGAAGGAAAUGGAGUUGUAUGCAGAGAUAUCAAUGAGUGUGAGAGAGGGACAGACAAAUGUCACAGCCGAGCUGAUUGCACUAACACAAUUGGGUCCUACAAUUGUUCAUGUCGUACUGGUUUUGAAGGAAGCGGAUUUACAUGCACAGAUAUUAAUGAGUGUACAAGAGGGACACACACAUGUGAUAAACGGAAUUCACCGAAACGGGCAACUUGUACCAAUACAAUCGGAUCGUUCACGUGUAAAUGCAACACCGGAUUUAAUGGAAAUGGACAUACCUGUCGCGACAUCAACGAGUGUACAAGCAAUACGCACAAUUGUCAUCGUCCACAUGCCGAAUGUUCUAACACGAUUGGGAGCUUCACCUGCAAGUGUAAGAAAGGAUUCCGAGGAGACGGCUACAUAUGCAGAGACAUCGAUGAAUGCAAGGAAAACACACAUAACUGCCACAGACCCCAUGCCUGGUGUGACAACACGAUUGGUUCCUUUAGAUGUGGAUGUAAAACAGGCUACACAGGGGAUGGGUUCACGUGUACAGCCAUUAAAUCGUGUAAGGAGGGACGAGAUGACUGCAGUAAAUACGCUAAGUGCACGGAUCUGUCAGUAGGAGGGACUUAUUCGUGUGAUUGUUUCUUUGGUUUCUUUGGAAAUGGAAAAACGUGCACCGGUAGUCGAGGACGUCAAUUUCUUGUACUCUUCAUGAAGAACAUUGAUCCUCCAACAGAAACGAAACCUAAACCAAAGUUCGCAGAGAUUUAUAUCGCGUCCGUAGAUAAAUCAGAUGUCAAAGUUUCUUCCUCUGGCGCAUUGUCAUCAAAGAUAAAGGCAGAGAUAAAUCAGAGAUUGUCAAUGACACCGAAUUCGCAGAAAAUAUUAAGGAUAACACAUGAAAUUCGAGCCAAUGAUUUCAAAGUGGAGAACAAGGCUGUAAUGGUGGAAACAACUGGAGUGACGUCAGUGUUUGCACUGAAUCAUGACGGAUUCACCUCUGACAGUACCCUCAUCUUACCGAUAGACAGACUGGGUACCAAGUACAUUGUACCUUCUACAGAACCGCACAAUAGCCGUAUCUCAGAUUACAACAGCCAAAUUGCAUUUGCGGCUGCAAAAGACAGAACGCGUGUGACCGUGACACUGAAACUCAAAAGUGGACAAUCCAUUGAAUAUCAAGGCAAACGGUAUAGGGAUGGGGGCGAAAUUAUAGUCACUUUAAAUAAAUACCAGACCUUUGAAUUAGCACAUAAUGGGGAUCUGACGGGCACCAUGAUUUUUGCAAAUAAUCCUGUGGCUGUUUUCUCUGGAAAUCGAUGUAACAAACUCAAUCGUUAUGGUUACUGCAGUCAUCUGGUGGAGCAAAUUCCACCUGUAGAAAGCCUUGAUGAUGUAUAUGUUGUUCCUCCACAUGUUGAUAGAAGUGGCACCCAGAUACGGGUGGUGGCUGCUCAUGGUGGAUCCACAACUUUCUCGUACACAGUAGACAAAUCCAAAAGUACUAAGACUAUCGGCACAUACCAAAACUUUGAUAUCAAAGUAACAGGAAAACAGACAGUAGUGGUAGAAGCCAAGCAACAGGUGCUUGUUUUGAGUUUUGCUCUUGCCGCAUUCAGAUCCUCACACGGAGACCCUUACAUGACAAUGGUACCCGGAGUUAAUCAGUAUGUCCAUCAGUAUCACAUCGCCGUACCGCAAGGAUUUGAGCAGAACUAUUUGGUCAUGAUUGUCCAAAAAAGUUCCAGAUCCAGUUUGCUGUUGGAUAACGACAGUAUAAGUUCUGCAAAUGUCGCAUCAGAGAGUACUGUUAACGUGAAAGGCACGGAUUACGUCGUCUUAACAGUAAAAAAUGUGAAGUCGGGCGGUCACCGUGUGGAAACGAAGGACAAGUCCCGUUUCGGUCUGAUGGUUUAUGGUCAUAGUCACGACGAUGGAUACGGUUUUGCAGCUAACAUCCUUGGACAAGGGAAAAUUUAAAUUUUGAAAAUGUACAUCGGGUUAUUUGACUGUAAUUCCACUGGUUAUUAAAUUGCUAGGAAAUCAAUUUCAUGUCGAACAAUAAUAAAUCUGCAUGAAGAGUAA